CGCAGAACCGGAAGUUCGCCGCAAAACCGGAAAAUCCUGACACUCUUCUUUCACUGCACUGAAAGAGUCGGCUCUUGCUGGAACCGUGUCAAAUCUAUUUGACUCCUUGUUUUUUCUUUUUUAUACUCCCAGGUGGGAGCUGCAAAGCGUACAAAGAUCAUAGUUCAUGUGGAAGCACAGGCAAAAGAAAGGAGCUCAGCACGCAGUCUCUCUUUUGCCUUUGCUGAAAUGACUGAAGCAGAUUUAUAUUGUGAGUAUAAAGGGGUUUAUGUGCCCAAACAGCUGCAUCCUCCUGAGAGUCUGAAAUAUUAUGAAGAUUUCACUUUCCGGCAGGACGACGUGCUGAUCGUCACUUUUCCGAAAUCUGGCACGACAUGGAUGCAGGAGAUCGUUCCUUUGAUUCACAGCGAGGGAGAUCUCACUCCGGUGCACACCAUACCAAACUGGGACCGGGUUCCAUGGCUGGAGGAGGAACGGGCCAUACAGCUCAAUCUGGAGCAAAGGCCCUCUCCACGCAUCUUUACAACCCAUUUCCAUCACAGCAUGAUGAACGAAUCCUAUUUUAAAGUCAAGCCAAAAGUCAUUUAUGUACUACGAAACCCUAAGGAUGUGUUUACAUCCUCCUUCCACUACUACGGGAUGGCUGCCUACCUGGUGAAUCCGGGCACUGCUGAUGAGUUUCUGCAAAAGUUUCUGAACGGCAAAAUUAUGUUUGGUUCCUGGUUUGAACAUGUGAAAGGCUGGCUUAACGCAAAAGACCAAGACCGCAUUUUCUACAUUUCAUAUGAGGAGAUGAUACAAGACUUGAAAGGCUCGGUCACAAAAAUUGCCCAGUUCCUUGAAAAGCCUUUGAGCCCGGAAGUGAUUGAGAAAAUAGCUGAGAACUGUCUGUUCAAGAACAUGAAGCACAACAAGAUGUCCAACUACUCUCUGGUUCCAGAGGAGUUCAUGGAUCAAAAGAAAUCUGAAUUUCUCAGGAAAGGAAUAGCUGGUGACUGGAAGAACCUUCUCACUGAAGCCCAAGUGGAAAAAUUUAAUACUUUUUAUAAAGAGAGCAUGAAAGAUGUCAAGUACAAUUUUGUCUGGGAUUAAAUGCACUCAAUUCUUAAUGCUAGCAAACUUCAUAAGUAGCCUAAUAUAUAUAUAUAUUUUUUCACAUUUUUCCAAGUUGCUAGUUGACAAUUUGCCCCAGAGGAAUGUAGAUUAUUAAUUAUUAUAUAUUAUAUUAAUAUAAUGAUAUUAAUAUAGAAAGUUAGGUUUUUAAAGCAAUACAUUUGAGAUAUUACAUUAUAAUUACAAAAGUAUUAUUUCUGACAUACCACACGAUAGCAAAAAAAACUUUAAUUAUGAGGUAAUAAUAAAUUAUGCUUAAGCACAGAGUUUGAAUAUGUAAAUUUUUAAAGUACAAGAUAAUGUUGCUAGAAAUAUUGAAUAUAUAUUUAGGAUAUAAUUUUUAUUAAGGUAACUCUGCUGAACUAAUAACAAAAUGGCGUUAGGGACAAGGUGACUGUCUAAUUGAACAUUUCUCAUCAGAUGUUUAUUCUUUUGCCAUUUGUUCAUGGAUAUAUUUUAUGAAGAAGGUAGUUAUAGAGGUGUUUUUCUCAUUAAUCGAUUGAUUUUUUGUUUCAUGUUAGCGAUUAUUCUUCUGCAUACUCGUUAAUUGCGUAAUUGUCGAUAUUCUGUGUUGAUUCAACUACAAAAUAUUAAUACGCCACAAAUGUUCAACCUGUUUUUCUAAUGAAUCAAGAAGCAAAUUAAAAAAAUAAACAUAA